ACCGCGCCCACCGCACCUCGACCAUGGGCGGCGCCGCCUCCAGCCAGCUGGACGAGGCCCGGAGCGCCUACAUCCGAGGGAAAACCGAGGCUGUGCUCAAGAACUUCAGCCCCUACUACAGGCGCCAGCACGCGGUGGCCUUCUGCGGUCACGUGCGCCGCCAGGUGGAGCAGCAGCGAGAGGCAGCGUCGCAGCUCCUGAAGGCCAAGCCGCCGCUGGAGCCCGGGACGGUCCUGUACGAAGCAGAGCUGACACAGUUCGCUGAAGACGUCAAGAAAUGGAAGGACAGGUACAUCGUGGUCAAAAAUGACUUUGCCGUGGAGAGCUACGAGAGCAGAGAGGCCUAUCAGAAAGGAGCUGCUCCGAGGAGCAGGGUCCUCCCGGUGGGCGGCAAGGUGUUCACCUCACAGGCCGAGUACAGCCUGCUGGCCGACAAGCACUUCCCCGACCCCGCAGCCUCCGGCGAGAAGGAGACCCCGCAGCCCCUGGUGGUCCUGCCCAAGGAGCUCCCGGUGGUGCUGUGGCAGCCCUACCUCAGGCACGGCUUCUUCUGCUUCGCCGAGGCCGCCGCCCAGAAGAGGUUCAGCGCCAUCCUGAGCGACUGCAUCCGCAGGCUCAACCACGAUUUCACGAAGCAGACGACGUUUGAAGCCCAAGCCUUCCUGGAAGCCGUGCAGUUCUUCCACCAGGAGAAGGGCCACUACGGCUCGCGGGAGAUGAUCACCGGGGACGAAGUGCAGGCCCUGAGCAGCCUGGUGAUGGAGGAGCUGCUGCCCGCCCUGCAGGCCGACCUGCUGCCCACCAUGAAGGGGAAGAGGAGCGACAGGAAGAGGGCCUGGUUCGCGCUGCUGGAGGAGGCCUUCCACCUGGUCCAGCGUCAGGUGGCAGAAGGCCUGCGUGGCCUGAAGGAGGAGUGCCAAGCCUUGACCGAGGGCCUGGAGGGGAGGGUCCGCGCCGACAUGGACCAGAUCGCCAACUCCGAGGACUUCCUCACCAGGAAGAUCGAAGCGAUGGUGGCGCAGCCGGCAGAGCAGAGCUGCGCGGAGAGUGUGCGGCCGUUCCUGGCGUCCGUCCUGGAGGAGCUCCUGGGGCCGGUGAGCUCAGGAUUCGGGGCUGUGCGCUCGCUCUUCGAAGAGGAAGUAGAUGCACUGGGCCGGAGCUUCCAGAACACCAAAGACGGUGACCAGCUGAAGGAGCACCUAGACGGCCUGCUGCGCCUGCCACUGGACCCGGUGAAGAUGGAGGCCUGCUACCGCGAAGCUGCCCCGCUGCAGGAGCAGCUGCAGGACCUCAACAGCCGCUUCCGCUUCCCGCACGUGGACCUCGUGGUGCAGAGAGCCCAGAACGAUAUGCAGGAGCUGAUGGGGAACGCCGUGUUCACCUUCACACAGCUGCUCUCCCCGCACCUGCAGGGAGAGCCCGCCCGAGCCGCCGCCGCCAUCGAGAAGGUGAAGCUCCGUGUGCUGAAGAAGUCGCUGUGCUGUGUUGCUGCUGUCUGGGUUUCCGUGUCUGUGAGGGGGAGCCAGAGACGGCAAUACGACCACGACAGCAGCGCCAUCCGCAGGAAGAUCUUCCAGGAGGCCCUGGUGCAGAUCACGCUCCCCACCGUGCAGAGGGCUCUGGCGCCCACGUGCAAACCGGAGCUGCAGAAGUACGAGCAGCUCAUCUUCGCAGACCACGCCCACAUGAUCCACGUGGAGAACGUCUACGAGGACAUCUUGCAUCAGCUCGUCCUGCGGGAAGCGCUGAAAGUGAUCCAGGAAGCCGCCGUGCAGAAGAAGCACAACCUGUUUGAUGACAGCGUGGCCUUGCCCAGCGAGAGUGUGUCCAGCUUGACGGAUCUGAAAACCCCCACCGGCUCCAAGCCGGACAGCCCUGCCCGGCGGGCAUCGGCCGCAUCACUGGGAGCCCCCGGGAGCGAGGGCCCAGGCCCCGGCGCAAGCGGGCAGGCCGAGGGACAGGCACAGCCUGGCGGGAAUGGGCAGGGGGCUCCCGUGGGCCCGGGCCACGACACUGUGGCUCCUGCGGAGGGCGCGGCAGAGCUGGGGACCGCGGGGCACCCCGGAGGCCCCGAGCCUGCCUCUGGCUCCCUGCGGGAGCUCAGGGAACUGCUGGCCGAGUCCACCCCCGUGGUCUACCAAGACGCGGAAGGGGAGACCCCUGGCGCCCCAGAAAGUGAAGAGGAAGAGGAGGAAAACGCCCCAGGGCGCACAGCACGCAGCGAGGCCACAGCCCCCGACGUGGACCAGGGUGCACACAGCGAGGCCGGUGGCGUGGAGGUGCCCACAGCCUGUGGCGCUGACCCUCAGCCAGGCCCAGAAGGGCCUGCCCAGGACCCCUCUGACAAAGAUCUCCAGGCCAGGGCCUCCGUCCAGGACACCCAGGAGGGAGGAGAGGCCGCGGGCGUGGUGCCGAGCGAGGACUGGCUCCCGAGGGAGAGCCAGGGCGCCCAGGCCGCAGGGAGUGUGGGCACAGAGGAGGCCCAGGCCCCAGGCGCUCACACGGCCCAGUGGGAGGUGGAGGCAGCCCCCGACCCCAAAGACACAGAGAGAGGCGAUAGUCAGGGGACCCCGGAGCAGCCCUCGGAGUGAGGGGCA